AUGGAAGAUAUAGAAGAAGAGAUAGCAUUUUGGAAUUCUGCUAUGGUUUGCUAUGUAUUAGGUGCCAAUCCUCCACUAGGGGUCUUUGAGGGGUUUGUUAAGAGAAUGUGGAAGGAACAGGUAGAUAGGGUGGGGCUGAUCAACCAUGGCAUUUUCAUUGUCCGUUUCCACAAUGUGGAGAAGCGAGAUGAGGUAAUAUCAGGGGGCUUCAUGUUUUUUGAUAAGAAGCCUAUAAUCAUGAAACCGUGGGUUGCAUCAAUAGACUUUAAAAAAGAGAAUGUAGAGAAGGCACCAAUAUGGAUACAGCUGAAAGGUCUGGAUCUUAAAUAUUGGGGGGAGAAAGCUCUGUUCAAGAUAAUUAGCCAAAUAGGGAAUCCAGUGAUGGUGGACCAGAUUACCCUGAGGAAAGAACGCUUAAAUUUUCCGAGAGUCAUGGUGGAGGUACACUUAAAGCAGGAAUUUCCUGAGCUCAUCUAUUUCAUAAAUGAAAGAGAUGAGGAAGUAUUUGUUUUUGUUGAAUAUGAAUGGAAGCCGACUCUAUGUAGGAAUUGCCAAGGAUUGGGACAUGAGACAGGCAUAUGUAGGAAGCAGUCAACUCAGAAGCAAGCUUGGGUCGUAAAACAGAAUCCAGAGAAAGAUACAAAGGAGAAUUCAAAGAAGAUACAGGAUGAAGAAGGAUUUCAAGAAGUUCAGAAAGGGUGGAGAGUCCGGAUUCAAGAAGAAACCGUUAUUUCUAUUGGAAACAACUUCCAGAUCUUGAGGAAACAGGGGAAUGCAGAUGGAAAUAAAGAUAAGAGUGCAGAUAGACAUAAAAUAGGUUUAGUUACCCAUUUUAUUUAA